GACAAGGUAUACAAGGAGCGGCACACAGCAGGCACACGACAGCACUGGACACAAGGCGACAUGGAUGAUGACAUGAGAAUACAGUUGUCGUGCUCUGUGUGCCUGGACCUGUAUACAGAUCCCCUUUUACUUCCGUGCCUUCACUCCCUAUGUCGCCAGUGCGUGCACAAUCUGGUAGCCUGCGGAAUCCCAGAGUGUCCAGAAUGUAAAAAUGCGAUACCACCUGAUCCAAACACACUGCCAAAAAACUUUCCAUUGAGUAGCCUGGUUGCCAUUUACAAACAGUCUAUGACCACUUCUUCCCGACCUACUGCCGAAAGUGUAUUGACGCGUGUUACCGGAGCACAGGAGCAGACGACAAGACUAACGGUGGCGUCAUCAUCUCAGAGGUCGUGGUCUUCUUAUGAGCCCAUCUUCAACAGACAGUGCAGCGCUUGUGACGCAGGGGAGAAUACCCCUUCGGAGGUCGCAUGUCUAACAUGCAGCAUCGCCUUCUGCGUGCCCUGUUUGGAAGAAUGUCACCCGAAUGAUAACGGUCAUGCUCUUGUUUCUCUUGAAGAAGCUGAAAUGACUACUAUUUGUGCAAUCUGCAACUUUUCCUCAGUCACCACGUGUAUUGAGUGUCAGAUGUCUUUCUGCAUGCCUUGUCUCGGGAACUACCACCCCACAAUACGUUCGGCUCCCGGCCACACCCUUCUACCAACUCCAACCCGAAGGCGCCACAGUAGCAGCGAGCCAUCGGUUCCUCAGAGGUCUUUCAGUGAAUCCCAUUGGGGACGGGAAGCUCAAGUUUACUAUGGUAACAGCUCAAUUCCGGAAAGAGGCCAAUCGACCCUGUCUGUGGCGACAGUUAGAGAUGACAGACACGUCCAGGAACAACUGAUAGAAGUAAUGAACCGUCAACAACGCGUUAUUCUGGAACUGAUGGACGUGUUUGGGAGGGAACGUCAUGAGACUUAAAGCGAAGCAUACCUUGAAAGAUUCAUCACACCCCGGCUGAGUUGGGACUCAUUACUUUCACAAAGAUGAGAUGUUAUAUACAUGUCCUAACAAAACCAUAAAGCAA